GCUUUUUCUGCUAAGGGUUGGUCAAUGACAAUCGUGGAUGGAGUGAGGGCUGAGGAAGGAGGCUCCGCUGUCUUACCCUGCAGCUUCACCCACCCUGACACUCACCUCACACUCACCGGCUCCGUCUUAUGGUACAAGAGGGAAUCAUGGUCUUUAAUCUUUAAGUGUACAUAUCCUGGUCCAGACCAUUCCCAGGGUGAGCUGUGUGAGAAUGUGAUACAGCGGGACGGUGGGAAUCGAUUCAGAUUCAUGGGGAGCCUCAGCAACAAAGAUGCCUCAAUAAUGAUGGAGGGACUGAGCUGGGAGGAUGCUGGUCCCUAUCGGUGUCAUGUGGAGCUCAAUAUCGGCAAGUUUCAAACACAGUAUCGAACACGUCUGAAAGUGGAAGAUGUUCAAGGAGACGUCUCAGUGGUGAGUGGGACUGAGGGAGAUUCAGUUACUUUACCCUGUAUCUUCAGGAGCUGGGACUCCCACACCCUGACCACUGUUACCUGGAUGAGGAAGGAGCCCUACCAACACAUUGUUACAUUUACAGCCCAAUCACAGUGAACUUGGAUAACUGUACAUGGUAGAAAUCGGUACGAGCUCAUCGGGAACCCAGAGGAAGGAAACGCCUCGACCAGGAUAAUCCAGCUGAGUGUGAGGGACAAUCACACUUACCUGUGUCUGGUGGAAUACAGGUCAGAACCUGAUUCUCAGUAUCUGAUCCAGAAAGAGACUCGGUUGCAGGUACAUGGUAAGAAACCAUUCACACAUUCUUCAGCCUGUAGAAGGUGCACAAUGAGUGUGGAACAGAUUCUGUGAAUGUUUUGUGAUUUGAUUUUCUGGUGAAAGGACGUGGAACUAAAACAUUAACCCUGUUACUCUCCAUCGGUAUUGUCUGCCCUGCUGAGUAUUUGCAGCAUUUUGAUGUUUAUUUAAAAUUUCCACUAUCUGUGGUGUUUUAGCUUUUGGUUCCAAAUUUAAUUUUUUUCAAUAUUUAAUAUACUAUGAUGUGCUGAUAUUUUUAAGUGCAUUCUGAUGUCAGUAUUGAAAGACAUUGACAGACUCAGAACAUUAAGUUAUAUCUCCAAAUGCCCCAAAGUUGUACUAACAUUGAGAUCAUCUCCUCGAACAGGAAGGUGCAACAGUCUGAUGUGUCCCUCUUAGUUACAAUCUUCAUCAGGAAUAGUUCCAUCAGUGCAAGUACAUACCCCCAGUGCCAAUCUGACUGUGUGAGGCAUC